AUGCCUAGCAAUCGCAACUACGACUUCCUGAUCAAGCUCCUUCUCAUUGGCGACUCCGGUGUUGGCAAGUCAUGCUGUCUGUUGCGAUUCAGCGAGGACUCCUUCACCCCGUCCUUCAUCACCACGAUUGGCAUCGACUUCAAGAUCAGGACGAUUGAGCUGGAUGGCAAGCGUGUCAAGCUGCAGAUCUGGGACACUGCCGGCCAGGAGCGAUUCCGCACCAUCACCACGGCCUACUACCGUGGCGCCAUGGGCAUUCUGCUCGUCUACGAUGUCACCGACGAGCGAUCAUUCAGCAACAUUCGCACCUGGUUCCAAAACGUGGAGCAGCAUGCCACCGAGGGCGUCAACAAGAUCCUAAUUGGCAACAAGUGCGACUGGGAGGACAAGCGCGUUGUGUCCACGGAACAGGGCCAGGCACUGGCAGACGAGCUCGGCAUUCCCUUCCUCGAAGUCUCGGCGAAGAGCAACAUCAACAUCGACCAGGCCUUCUACAGCCUGGCUGCCGACAUCAAGAAGCGCCUCAUCGACAACCAGAAGACUGACACUGGAACCUCAUCCGGCGUCAAUGUCGGAGAGAAGAACGAUGCCGCCAGCGGCAAGUGCUGUUAAAAGGGGCGCCCAACAGGUUCUUUUGCGGCACGCGCACGCGCACGCGUGAGGCAUGACGUUGAUCUGAGACGGUAUUUGACGUAUGAUAUAAUGGAGACGGCAGCGCAACGCGAUCAAGACAUACAAGCUGUUUAUGAGGCCUGCGGUUUAUCAGCUUCGUGCCAGUAAUGACAUUUCGGACAUGAGGGUCACGAGAAUUCCCUGACUAAGAGAAAGACAUAACUACAAAAAAAUGAACACUUCCGAACCACUCGGCAGCACUCAAACCAACCCAUACAUAUCUACUUUAGAGAGAGCAAUUCUGGUUCGGAGUUCUUUUGCGGUCUUCCUCCUCCCCCCUUCGUGUUUUUUCUUCCUUUUCUUUUCCGUUGCCCUUUAUGUCUCUCUUUUGUUAUCUUUUCUUUUCUUUUUCUUACUUUGGGUUCUAAUACAAAAAAACUAUUUCAUCUCUACUGUGUCUAUGGCCGGUUCAUGGCGGCCGAGGAGAGACCUUGCGGUUUGUCAUGUUCGCCCGUUGGAGUCUGGCAAUUGGCAAAGAUAAAAAGAGUGGAUGGCAAAACAAGUGUGACAAGUGUCGCGAUAGAGCAAGGAAGAGAGGAAGCCCGGCAUGGGAAUAGGGAGCCAAAGGGAGGAAGAUGUGUAAUGCGGGAUGUGGCCACGAGUAUCAAACGACAGAAGCAUAUGGAUGUAGCCAGCAAGUCUAACAGUGUGUGGGCGACAAAACAAUCAGAGCUGGAGGCGAUCAGGUGGAAAUGUGUUGAUAGUUUUGGU